UUGCACCGGAAGUGAUAAUGUGGUUUGAGUUGAAAGGUCAUACUGACGAGGAAGGUUUGUUGUGCUAACUAGUUUUGUCAUCUUUUUCCAACAAGGAACGCUUCAAAUAUGUCCGCGUCUGAAGAUUACGAAGAACAAGAAGACACAGCGACCACUAUUCCAUCCGUCCUCAUUACGAGCUGUGACAUUGGCUUUAAUGAACAAGAUUUGAUAAAACAGAUUCUAGGCACCACAUCGUUGCCAGAGCCGUCCAAGCAGGAGGAUACGGUAGUGUGGUACCCAUGGACUAUCAACAACAAGUAUUACACAGCAGACGUCAGCCUCUGUGUGGUGCCCAGUACCUACCAGAUGACCUCGGAGAUAGCCCAGUCCAUGCAGGCUUUCAUUGCUUACUUUGACAGCACAGUGAAGGAUGGUUUGGAGCAGCUGUCUCCCUGGAUAUCUGUGGUGGAAGACUUGGCUCCAGAGGUGCUCAUCCUGGUCUGUGACCGAGUGUGUGAAAGUGGUGUCAGUAGACAUGAGGCACAUCAGUGGUGUUUAGCACACGCCUUUGAGUUGGUGGAACUCAGUCCCGAAGACCUGCCAGAUGAGGAAGAUGACUUCCCAGAGUCUACAGGAGUGAAGAGGAUUGUCCAGGCUCUCAACGCCAACGUGUGGUCCAGUGUGGAGAUGAAGGAUGAACACAGUGGGGGCUUUGGUCUUAUGAGCAGCUUGGUGGCCUCCAGACAUAACAACCCACGGCCCAGGCAGGACACACCCCCACCGUCCUCCAGUCUGCCAGUAGAGGGCGUAGUAGACAGUGGGGAGCCUCGCAGGACUGAACCCAACCCUGACGACCGAGACACACAGGUUGACACCAUCGUAGAUCCGAUGCUUGAUUUGGACAUCCAGGAGCUGGCUAACCUGACGGCUGGGGACGCGGACGUGGAGAACUUCGAACGCCUCUUCACCAAACUGAAGGAGAUGAAAGAUAAGGCUUCAUGGCUACCUCCUGAACAGAGGAAACUCCAUGCCGAGAAGGUUGCCAAGGCGUUUUGGACGGCAAUCGGAGGAGACCAGGAUGAGAUAGAAGGCCUGUCGUCAGGGGAGGAGAGUUAAGGGGAGACUGAGGAGUCACGCUCUUCCUUCCUGUCCCCAGUCCUCCCCUCGCUGUCCCCAGUCCUCCCCUUCCUGUCCCCAGUCCUCCCCUUCCUGUCCCCAGUCCUCCCCUUCCUGUCCCCAGUCCUCCCCUCGCUGUCCCCAGUCCUCCCCUCGCUGUCCCCAGUCCUCCCCUCGCUGUCCCCAGUCCUCCCCUUCCUGUCCCCAGUCCUCCCCUUCCUGUCCCCAGUCCUCCCCUUCCUGUCCCCAGUCCUCCCCUUCCUGUCCCCAGUCCUCCCCUUCCUGUCCCCAGUCCUCCCCUUGCUGUCCCCAGUCCUCCCCUUCCUGUCCCCAGUCCUCCCCUUCCUGUCCCCAGUCCUCCCCUUCCUGUCCCCAGUCCUCCCCUUGCUGUCCCCAGUCCUCCCCUUGCUGUCCCCAGUCCUCCCCUUGCUGUCCCCAGUCCUCCCCUUGCUGUCCCCAGUCCUCCCCUUGCUGUCCCCAGUCCUCCCCUUGCUGUCCCCAGUCCUCCCCUUGCUGUCCCCAGUCCUCCCCUUGCUGUCCCCAGUCCUCCCCUUGCUGUCCCCAGUCCUCCCCUUGCUGUCCCCAGUCCUCCCCUUGCUGUCCCCAGUCCUCUCCUUGCUGUCCCCAGUCCUCUCCUUCCUGGGGCUCCUCCCCUUCCUGUCUCCAGUCCUCCCCUUCCUGGGGCUCCUCCCCUUCCUGUCUCCAGUCCUCCCCUUCCUGGGGCUCCUCCCCUUCCUGUCCCCAGUCCUCCCCUUCCUGUCUCCAGUCCUCCCCUUACUGGGGCUCCUCCCCUUCCUGGGGCUCCUCCCCAUCCUGGGGUUUUAUUCACUAGGAAGCAAACAGAACAAUAGGAACUUUUUAUUUUUUGUUGCAAAACAUUUCACGUUGUAAAAUGUUUCUCUACGGUGUUAGACUAAUGAAUAUACGCCUGGUCUGCUCCCAACUCAGGAACCGUGGACGAUUGAGUAGAGACUGGGAGGGACUCUGGCCAGGUUGAAGAGAGGGGAGUGCUUAUCGUCAUAUUAUCAAUUAUUAGUUUGUCUCUUCCACAUUUAUUUAUUUUGUGACACUAUCGAAAAGCUAGCUUGGUUCCCAGAUCUGUUUAGUGCCAUCUUCCCAACCCAAUGACCAUACUGAAGGAGCUGGCAAGUCCGGACAAACAUCUGGGACCAGGCUAGUAAGCUGUGGGGUGUCCAGUCUGCCCAGGUUCUGGAAGAGACUAAAAAGACUGGCUGUUCCAUGGAUGUUUAAUUGGGAUGUUUGGUGUUCAUGUGUUUAUCCCUGGUAAAAAUACAAAAAACAUUGAGACCUUGAGACCUAAGAGGAUGAGGAACAAUACAGAAAAUACAACUGUACACAAUUUAAAACCACCUUUUUAAACAGUUAAUAUUAUUGGACUAGUAGCCGGAAGGUUGCAAGUUCAAACCCCCGAGCUGACAAGGUAAAAAUCUGUCGUUCUGCCCCAGAACAAGGCAGUUAACCCACUGUUCCCCGGUAGGCCGUCAUUGAAAAUUUAAAAAAAUAA